CCGGGGCUUCGGCGUCCCUGACACCCCCGCCCCCCUUCGAUUGCCCCUGCCCGCGCCCUCCAGAGCUGCUUGGCGCCCGGCGUCCCGCGCCCGCCUGAACAGCUCUUGUACCCCACACCCGGGCCAGAAGCCGGAGAAGGCGGGCGAAGUGAGGGGGCGCGGCGUGGAGCAGCCUCCCCGGCGGUGAGCCGGUAGCUAACGCGUAGUAGCGAGCGCCAGGGACCGCAGGAGUUCGCGGAGCGCGGCUGCGGGGGGCGGACAUCAGCGCCCGCGCUGCAAGAUGCCGGGCCUCCGAGUGUGAGCCGAGCCAGGAGGGCCCCGAGCCACCUGCGCCCCCUCCCCUCUCCCUGCCCCCCGUCUUUCGGGGGGCUCCCAAAUCCCCUUCCCCUGAGUUCCGCGGCAGCCCCUAACGACCCCCAUCACCCUCUGCUCCCUCCCCGCCACCAACCCCAAGGAGGGAUGACCCUCUCCGGCGGCGGCAGCGCCAGCGAUAUGUCCGGCCAGACGGUGCUGACGGCCGAGGACGUGGACAUCGAUGUGGUGGGCGAGGGCGACGACGGGCUGGAGGAGAAGGACAGCGACACGGGUUGCGAUAGCCCCGCGGGGCCGCCGGAUCUGCGCCUGGACGAGGCGGACGAGGUGCAGCCGGCGGCACCCCAUCACGGGCAGUCUCAGCCGCCCCACCAGCAGCCCCUGGUAUUGCCCAAGGAGGCGGCUGGAGCCGGGGCCGGGCCUGGGAGCGAGGCGGGCGCGCCGGAGGCAGACGGCUGCAAGGGUGGCGAAGAGGGCGGCACGAGCGGCAGCGGGCCCGGCGCGGGUAGCGGUGCAGCUGGUGGCCUGACUCCAAGCAAGCCCAAGAACAGCCUGGUGAAGCCACCCUACUCGUACAUUGCGCUCAUCACUAUGGCCAUCCUGCAGAGCCCGCAGAAGAAGCUGACCCUGAGUGGCAUCUGUGAGUUCAUCAGCAAUCGCUUCCCCUACUAUCGGGAGAAGUUCCCCGCCUGGCAGAACAGUAUCCGCCACAACCUCUCACUCAACGACUGCUUCGUCAAGAUCCCCCGCGAGCCGGGCAACCCAGGCAAGGGCAACUACUGGACCCUGGACCCGCAGUCUGAGGAUAUGUUCGACAACGGCAGCUUCCUGCGGCGCCGGAAACGCUUCAAGCGCCACCAGCAGGAACACCUGCGCGAGCAGACGGCGCUCAUGAUGCAGAGCUUCGGCGCUUACAGCCUGGCUGCGGCGGCAGGCGCCGCGGGACCGUACGGCCGCCCCUACGGCCUGCACCCAGCGGCCGCAGCCGGCGCCUACUCGCAUCCAGCAGCUGCAGCAGCUGCAGCUGCGGCCGCGGCGCUCCAAUACCCAUACGCCCUGCCGCCAGUGGCUCCCGUGCUGCCGCCCGCCGUGCCCCUGCUGCCCUCGGGCGAGCUGGGCCGAAAAGCGGCCGCCUUCGGUUCACAGCUCGGCCCGGGCCUGCAGCUCCAACUUAACAGCCUAGGCGCGGCGGCGGCUGCCGCGGGCACGGCGGGCGCCGCGGGCACCACGUCGCUCAUCAAGUCAGAGCCCAGCGCGCGGCCGUCGUUCAGCAUCGAGAAUAUCAUCGGAGGGGGCCCCGCGGCGCCCGGCGGCUCAGCCGGGAGCGCUGGCGGUGCCAGCGGCACUGGGGGGGCCGGGGGCAGCGGGGGCGGUGGCACCGCACAAUCUUUCUUGCGGCCGCCCGGGACUGUGCAGUCGGCGGCGCUGAUGGCCACGCACCAGCCACUGUCGCUGAGCCGGACGACUGCUACCAUCGCGCCCAUUCUGAGCGUGCCGCUCUCCGGACAGUUCCUUCAGCCUGCAGCCUCCGCCGCCGCCGCCGCUGCUGCCGCCGCUCAAGCUAAAUGGCCAGCGCAAUAGGGACGCGCCGGUGGCCGGGGCGCAGGCCGGUCGGCAGCCCCAGGCAGCAUCUGCACUUCCAGGCUGCGCGCUCCUCCGCCCCGGUCCCGGUCCCCCUACCCAAUCCUGGACUCGGCCAUAUCCAACCCCCGCCCCGAUCCCCCAACACCGACCUUCCGCGGCCUCCAUCCCCUCGCGCACACCUAAGCUGACCGAGCAAACUCACCGCGCGCCCGCCGGGAAUAGCUUUCCAUACAGGUAAAACCGAUAACCGAAUUUUCCAAAAAUGCACCCGACGGCGCCUGUUCUCAGUAUCGUAGGGGUGGAGGGAAAUUCUUUGUACAUAUUUGUAUAAAAAUUAUUGACUUUCCUUUUGGGGUUUUUAUUUUUUUAAGACAAAACAAAUUCAGUAGAUUUAGAGCUCUGAACUUUCAUUUUUUUUGAAGGUUCACUCUCCGCAGUUUUAUCUGAGAAAAUGUAUAGAGACGUUGGGAGAUUUUAAAUACAAAAUUUUCAAAAAGGCGAAGUGUCAUUCUAUUAUAAAAGUCUGUUUAUAUAUGAAUGAAUAUAUAUGGUAUUCUAAAUGUUAUUCCAUCGUG